AUGUCGCUCGACGGUCUCCCGCGCCAUACCCGCACGGUCGGACAGUCGGAGCUGGUGGAGCGUCUCGUGCACGUCGCGUACACCGAUCUGCAGAGGCUCUGCAACAACCUGCCCGGGCAGCCCGAGUUGGACCGGAAGCGCGAGCUGGCGCGGUACCUCCACAACCUGCGCCAGCGGCUGACGCGGCUGCACGUGCUCGUGGAAUGGGCGCCCAAGAAUAGGGCGGCUCAGAUCGCGGUCAAGUGUGGGGACAUGAUGGGGCAGCUCAGGCAGCACGACAUGGCCUUCGCCGACGCGGCGGAUCGGCUGUACGGCCUGAGGCAGCAGAUGGACUGGGCGGCGGGACCGCUGUACGACACCCCGGGCGCGCUCGACGUCCUCUGCAACGGCAAGUACUCGAACCUGCCCAGGGCCAUCGCGGACGUCGCGCCCAAACCCGUGCCCCUCGAGACGGACCCCGAGCUCAUCAGGGUGCGCGACGAGCGAUGCCGACGCUUCGACAUCGAGAUCCGCGGGUUGCUCGUCGACGAACGGGAACGCGGGACCAUGCCCAAAGCCAUGAAAGUGUUCUCCGUGCGGAACGGGGAGUGCGUCGUGGGGGUGCCCGGGGAGUACCGCGCGACGCUCACGCUGGGAGGCCCGCCGCCGUUGCCCCCGCCCCCCGAGAAGGACGAGAAGGAGGAUGGGGGCGAGGAAAAGGAGGAUGGGGGCGGGGACGACGACGGCGCCGACCCGCCGCCGCCGCCGCCGCCGCCGCCGCCGAAACUCGGCGGUUGGCUCGUCGUCUCGAUCGAGAUGCUCGCGGGAGAGAUGAUCGACGCGGACGAGGACGAGGGCCGCGCGGCGCACGCGCGGGUGUUCCCGCUCACCAAGACGGAGGUGAAGAUCCUGGGCGAGCGCGCCACCGCGAGGAUGGCGGGGAUGUCGCCGCCGCCGCCGGCGCCGCCCGAGCUCGUCGAGGGGGGCGCCCAAGGCCUCGCGGGGUUGCACUACGUGUGCCACGACAUAGCGCUGCGACUGUGCGCGAUGACGGUGAUGAACCAGUCGAAGAAGGUUGCGCGGGGCGGCGGCGCCUGGCACGGCGGCGCGAUUCGCACCGAGCAGAUCAUGGGUAAAGCCGAGGCCAAGCGGGCGGAGAGCGAGGAGAAGGACGACGGCGAGAAGGAACACGGCGAAACGACGACCAGGAGGAGGGUCCGCGGCGCCGGAGAGGGAAUCCGCAUGUGGUUCUGGCUCCCCGGCCUCUCCGGGGAGGUCAAGGCGUCCGGCUCGCGCAUGGCGGGGGUGGACGUGGGCAGCGUGGAGGUCGGCCUCGGCACCGCCGCCGCCGUCGACGCAGCCGUGGCGGCGGGGACGUUGCCGAGGGUUGAGCUCACGUACGUCAGAGCCGACGACAAGGACAGCUCGUCGGGCGCGAUCGCCGCCAGGGCGCUCGUCCCGACCGCAACGGGCGCCGUCGAAACCUUCGAGUUGCCGUUUAGCACCGCGAGCGUGGACAUCAAGGAGGUCCUCGCGGACGGGAUACGCGCGGCGGCGGCGACGAGGCUCCGGCGGGUGCUCGAGGAGUUGGGGCCCGCGUGCGACGCCGCCGGCGUCGAGGGCGUCCUCGACGAGGACGCCGUCAACCCCGGAGACGCCGACGAGGACGGCUGGGCGACGGCGAGGCGCCCGGCGAUUUCCCUGCGUCUCACGGACGCGGGCACGUCCGUGCAGGUGACGUGCGGGAAGAGGGGUGGCGAGCUCCGCGUGUGCGGCGUCGCGUCCAUCGCCUCGUCCGGGUCCGCGGCGAGCGUCGAGCACGCCGCGUGCGUCGGGGGGAUCCCGGCCCUGCGCGGGCUCCUGCCCACGCUGAGGCGGUACGCCGAGGAGCGAGACCUGCGCGACGCGGCGCGAGACGCGGGCGUCUGCACGCACCCGGCGCCGCGCUCGAUGAAGGGGUGGGUCAACGGCGUCGCCCCCGCGGCUCUCGCGAUCGUUCCCCCCGCCUCGGGCGGCGUCUACGUCGGGGUUUUCGUGACGCGCGACGGCGAACCGUCUGGGGCGGCGAAAUCGCCCGGAAAGUCGGUAAAAAAGUCGGCCAAGAAAAAGGGCGCAGCCGCAGCCGCGGGCGGGGGAAACGCGGGCGGCGGCGGCGGCGGCGUCGCGAGGCUGGCGCUGGUGCACGCGCCCCGGGCGCACCCGGCCAUGGCUCCAGCGGUGGCGUCGGUCGCGCCGCUCGCGCCCGACGGCGUCGCGCUCUUGGACGCCAAGAAACGCAAAUCCGGCGGGGACGGUUCGUUCCCCUUCGACUCUUUCGACGCCGUCGUCGACGCCGUCGGCGCGGCGGUGAAGUCCCAGAGGGUCGUCGCGCAGAGAACAACGGUGACGUCGUGGCUCAGGUCUCGCGGCUUGCGUUUCAUCGACGCUCGGAUGGCGAGCGACGGGUCGUCCGUCGUCGCGUUUUCGGCCAAGCUCGGGGAUGGCGCCUGGGGCGCCGAGCCGGCGGCGGCGUGCGAGGUGCUCCUCAGGGGCGUGCACGGGGUGCGUCUGACGGUGCGAGGCCUUCCGCGCGCGCAGUCCGUCCGCGGGAUCCGAGGCGAAGGCGGGGCAAGUGGUAUCGAAGCACGAGGCGGGGGCGAGGCGCGGGCCAGUCGCGGCGGGGUGGCGUCAAUCGCCGUCGAGGCCGACGGGUCCUUUGUCGUCGCCGUGGAUUACCCGGACGGGGAUUUCUCUCCGGGGGCGGCGUGCGGCGACGCGCACCGCGUCGUGGCGACGCACGCGUUCGUCGGGCGCCUCCGUCCCGAGCUCGGCGUCGGCGCGUGGCUCGAGCCGCUGUCCGCGGUUGUGGAGACGUCGGGGGGCGGAGCCGCGAGGGUGUCGUGGGUCGGGGGUAUCGACGACGGGGGGCUCGCGGCGGUGGCGAUUAACGAAGAGUCCGCGAAGGGGGAGGAUGUCGCGUCGGAGGCUGCGCGCGUGGGGGAUGCGGUGGCCUUCGUCGAGGCGUUGAACGGCGCGUCGCGAUGA